AUGCGGGAAGAUUUAAAAAUUUUACACGAAAAACCGAGACAUUCGCAAAGUCAAGGGUCCGUCAAAAGGGCCAAUCAAGAUGUGGAAAAUAUACUUGCCACUUGGUUACAAGACAACAAAACAAAAAAAUGGAGUGAAGGAAUAAAAUUUGUUCAAUUCAUAAAAAAUCGAUCCUUACAUCAUGGAAUAAAAUGCAGCCAAUAUGAAGCAAUGUUUGGAUAUUUAGAGGCAGCUAUUACGUCAAUGAAUACUGGAGAUCAUAGUGAAUUUGAUGAAGCAUUGAUUGAAGAAAUUAAUGAAGAAAAAAAAAUAGAUAAUAGAAUAAAUAAAAUAACUACUGUAAGAACAGAGUGGGUUGAAACUUCAAAAUUCAAGCGAAUCGAAUGA